AUGUUGACCGUUAGAGGAGUGGUUGUUGAUUGGGAAUGCUUCAGGAGGGUGUUCUUGGAGAAGUAUUUCCCUGAGAGUGUGAGGCAUGCCAAGGAAGCUGAGUUCAUGCGGUUACACCAAGGAGGGAUGACAGCAAAGGUUGUUGAGCAGUUGGAAGGUGGUAACCGUGGAGUGAAGAUUGCUGAAGGACCAGCUGGGUCCAAGCAAGAAGGGAAUCAAAGGAAGCCGUAUGAUAGGCCCCAACCACAACAAGGGGGUCCUGUCAUUAGGCACAAAAGUCAACAUAUUCUAAGUCAUUCCAUUUCUUCAAAAUCAACGGGUCAAUCUUCUCUUGUUGAUGGUGAUAGUGUUGAAAAAGUUAGUGAUGAUAAAAAACACACAUCUCCUUCGUUUUGGAAAUUGUUAGCCUUGAAUCUCCCUGAGUGGAAACAAGCUUGUUUGGGGUGUUUGAGUGCAGUUUUUUUUGGAGCAAUUGAGCCAAUGUAUGCAUUUUCAAUGGGGUCCAUGAUAUCAAUUUUUUUCCUCACGGAUCAUGAUGAGAUUAAAAGGAAAAUUGCAACCUAUUGCAUAUUUUUUGCGGGGUUGACUGUGUUUCAAUUGGUUGUUAAUAUCGUCCAACAUUACAAUUUGGCUUACAUGGGAGAAUACUUGACCAAAAGGGUCAAAGAGAGAAUGCUUGCCAAGAUACUCAGUUUUGAAGUUGCAUGGUUCGAUCAAGAUGAAAAUUCCACAGGUGUUGUUUGCUCUAGACUAUCUACAGAAGCUAAUAUAGUGAGGUCUUUAGUGGGAGAUAGAAUGUCUUUGUUGCUACAAACUACCUCCGCCGUGGUAAUAGCAUGCACUGUGAGCCUAAUCAUUGCAUGGAGAUUUGCCAUUGUAUUGAUAAUUGUUCAACCUAUAUCCAUUGCAAGUUUCUACACAAGAAUUGUAAUCCUAAAGGGCUUGUCUAAAAAGGCCAUCAAAGCCCAAGAUGAAAGUAGCAAAAUAGCAGUUGAAGCUAUUUCCAACCUUCGAACCAUCACUUCCUUUUCCUCACAAGACCGAGUCAUAAAAAUGCUACAAAAAGCCCAAGAGGGCCCAAGCCAUGAAAGCAUUCGACAGUCAUGGUUUGCUGGCAUUGGGCUUGGAUGUGCCCGAAGCCUUACAACUUUCAGUCGGGCUUUAGAAUAUUGGUAUGGCGGAAAUCUUGUUUACCAUGGCCACAUUACUUCAAAAGCAUUGUUUGAGACCAAUUUAAUAAUGGCAAAUACUGGUAGGAUGAUAGCAGAUGCUAGUAGUCUCACUAGUGACCUUGCUAAAGGAGCAAAUGCCAUUGGCCUAGUUUUCACAAUCUUAGAUAGAAACACAAAAAUAGAGGCUGAUGAAAUGAGUGCAUACAAGCCCCAAAAGUUAAUAGGCCAUAUAGAACUCCAAAAUGUUUAUUUUGCAUACCCAUCAAGACCCAAUGUGAUGAUCUUCCAAGACUUCUCCAUCAAAAUUGAUGCAGGCAAAUCCACAGCAUUGGUAGGGGGAAGUGGGUCUGGAAAAUCAACUAUAAUGGGCUUAAUAGAGAGAUUUUAUGACCCACUUAAAGGGAUAGUGACUAUGGAUGGUAGAGACAUAAAGUCAUAUAACCUUAAGUCACUAAGGAACUACAUUGCACUUGUGAGCCAAGAGCCAACACUUUUUAAUGGGACCAUAAGGGAAAACAUUGCAUAUGGAGCAUUUGAUAAGACUAAUGAAGUUGAGAUCAUUGAAGCAGCAAAGAUAGCUAAUGCUCAUGACUUUAUUGCAAGCAUGAAGGAUGGUUAUGACACAUGGUGUGGAGAUAGAGGAGUGCAGUUAUCUGGGGGCCAAAAGCAAAGGAUUGCAAUAGCCAGGGCUGUGUUGAAGAACCCAAAAGUGUUACUUUUGGAUGAGGCCACCAGUGCACUUGAUAGUCAAUCCGAGAAUGUAGUUCAAGAUGCUUUGGAGAAAGUAAUGGUAGGAAGGACCAGUGUGGUUGUGGCUCAUAGGUUGAGCACCGUAAGGAAUUGUAAUCGAAUUUUUGUAUUGGAUAAAGGAAGGGUUGUAGAAGAAGGGACUCAUUCCUCUUUGUUGGCUAAGGGACCAAGUGGAAAUUACUAUUCUUUGGUCAGUCUUCAAAGAAAUGCAACAACAACCACUAGUGCAACUGAUAUCGAAUACUAACUAAUCCUAAUUAAUUUGACAAUUUGAGAUUAUUAUUU